UACAAUAUGUUUUAAAAAUAAAAGCUCGAUCUUACUAUAGCGAUCUUGGAGGUCUAAUCCGGUUUGACUUGUUACAAAUAUUAUAAAGCUUAGAUAUUAAAUUUCAAUUGAGAUUAAUUGCUGUACAAUUAGUAUCUAUUCUAUCGGUUUGGUAAGGCAUCUUUCUUUUCUAAAUUUAAAAUUAUUUCCUAAAUUUAAAUCCGGCUUUGGGUCCUUAUCAGCAAUGUAUAAUCCGGAAAGUGAAGACCUCAGCAAGGAAUACUUUCCAAGUCAUAAUACCCUCCGAUUCCAGGACGAGCGGGAGCCGAAUGUGGCCGUGCUGGACAAUUUUAUAAGGAUAACACAGCAGCAUGAAGAGGCUCUGGCGAAUCAGGGGAUUCAGGUGGAUCAUCGCCGCUAUGGUCCGGAUAGGCAGGUGGUAGAUGUCUUCUACUCCCUGAAAAACAGCAACGAUGCUCCACUCUUUGUCUUCAUUCACGGCGGCUACUGGCAAAUGCUGGACAAGAGCAACUCCUGUUCUAUGGUCGGUCCUUAUGUUCGUCGCGGAUAUCGUGUGGCGGUGAUGGACUACAACUUGUGUCCAGACGUUACCCUUGGACAACUAAUGGAGGAAUUCAGAGACUUUCUCGGUUGGGUCUUUGACUACGCGGAACAGUGCCAGUCAAAGGGAAUUAGCUUUGCUGGACACUCAGCUGGAGCCCAUUUAUUGGCUGAGAUCCUUAAAUCCCCGGGCAUCGUUACUCUCUCUCGAGCCCGGAUGGUUACGUCGCUUAUCUUCAUGUGCGGGGUCUAUGACCUGCGGGAGCUUUGGAACUUGGAGGCGGUGAAUCCUAAGAAUAUUUUAGGCAUCGGCGCUGUCCAAGCGGAGGCUCUUUCUCCGAUUCUUUGGGAAUACCACGAAAUAGAAAAUUGGAUGAAUACCACAAUGCAUGUGAUUGUGGCGGAGCACGACAGUAUCACCUUCAUAGAGCAAAGUCGCCGGUUCGCCGAUGUUCUUAAAAGCCAAGGAUUCACGACCAAUUUUAAGAUAUUCAAGGAUUACGAUCACUUUGAUAUCAUCGAAGAAACCUUUGAUGACAAGUCCCGAAUCUCCCAGUUCUUACGCAGCAUCGAAGAUAAAUAAACUAUUAAAUAUUUUCAGUUAUUUCUUGGUUUUUUUUUUGUUGAUUUUUCUUAUAAAAUUAACUUAGUUUAGUAGUAUUCCAUAUAUACAAUUUCUAAUUAAUACCGAGUACCCAAGGGCACGGACUUUUCGUAAUAGUAAAGAAAAUCCUUUUAAAUUUUUAUAAACUAAUCUUUAACUAAAUACAGGAAAACAAAAUUUACAAAAUAAAUCAUCGUUUUGUCCUCAUCACAA